AUGCGCUCCCUUAAGAGACUGGCCUCAGAUGAGGCAGAGGAGGACGAUGACUGGCUUGUUAACGAAUCCAACAGGCGUCGCCCCGUUCCCAAGUCAGUGGGUCCUUCCCCUCUUGGCGAUUUCCCACCUCUCUCUCUCUCUCUCUCUCUGUUUCUUCCGGACUUUCAGCUCCCGGUUGUUCACUUUCUUCUUGUCUGGCAGUGCUGUGCAGGAGGCCAUGAUAUUCGACGCGACCAAGGGCCUGCUUCUGGAACUGGAGCCGUUCUUCCGAAGAGUGGUAGGCUGAUCAUGGAACUUCUUUUGGAGGACAAUCUUGCUAGUUAAUGCCUGAUCUUAGAAUCUAAUACCGCCUUGGUUCAUCCGAGGAUCCCAAGUUUUCUUCGAGUAGAGCUGAGAAUUCUGAAGGAGAAACAUUUCUCCCUCAUCACGUCCCACAUUCUUCGUAUUUUCUCAUGUUUCAACUAAAACCUACGGGAAACAGACGACUUCGGAUCUCAUAAUCAUCUCGUGAAGCUGGCGGUGGAAUCAUCGCGAGCAUUAUUUCUAUCCAUUCAGAACGAAGAUCCUCCCUCCUCACUUCCCUUCAAGUCUCUAUCUUUCAGGGUAGAGUAGAAGCAAUUUUUCAGGGCUGUUCGUAUCGUCUUUUUUCCAAGAAUCUGAAAAGCCGAUCAUCUCUUUUGGGGGUUUCCGGAUGAACAGUCUUCUCCCCGGAAGAACAUCUCUCAGCAGUUUAAACUCAUGCCGUGAAUGUUUCCUUCACCAGGUGAGAGAGGAGCUCCAGAAACAGCUCUCUCGCUACGCCUGCUCCGCUUCAAGGUACGCGCUUUCCCUGGUCUACGUGAUCAUUUCAUUUUAUAUAAUAUAAGUAAGUGAUAAUUAAUAUAUCCCGUUCUUGCUUGUUCCUCACUUGCACCAGCCUUUUCUCCAUCUUAAGCUUCACGUGUAAUAGAAAAAAGCAAUCAAUUCAAUAUUAAUCUGAUAAUAAAAUGUAUCAAGAAUCUGGCUUUCAGAUGCAUUCCUCCUUGUAAGCUUCUACCCAGCACUUGGGGGUCUCUGAUCUUCUUCGUUUCUGUGUGUUCUUGCAGGCCGCCAUUAAACCAGAUUCAGGCGUCUUCUGCAACAGCUUCCCGCUGGCGGCUAACUUUCCGCGGCGAACUACCUGGCACGCUCUUUACCAGCGGCAAAAUCGAAGCAAGAGACAGCACUGCGGUCAAGAUCGUCGUAGAAGAUCUGAGCUCCGGGUCGGUCGUCACCUCCGGCCCCUUGUCCUCCGUCCGAGUCGAGAUCGUCGUCCUCGACGGCGACUUCUGCAGCGACGAGCGGGAAGAGUGGACGGAGAAGGAGUUCGCCGACAGAAUGGUGCGGGAGAGAGAGGGGAAGAGGCCCCUGCUGACCGGCGAUCUCGCCGUCACGCUGAGAGGCGGCGCCGCGGCUCUCGGUUCCCUCGUCUUCACCGACAACUCCAGCUGGAUCAGGAGCCGGAAGUUUCGGCUCGGCGCGAGGAUUUCCCCCAACAGCAAUCUCUCCGGGCAGCGCAUCCAGGAAGCCGUCAGCGGCGCCUUCUCCGUCAAAGAUCACCGCGGAGAGCGUAAGUUCAUCGACCGCCAGCUGAACCCAUCGCCGGCGUAGGUUGAAGAAGAUGGUCGAAUCCUCAAGAGGAGUUUUUUUUUCUGUCUUCCGUCCAGUGUACAAGAAACACCACCCGCCGUCGCUCGACGACGAGGUCUGGCGCCUGGAGAAGAUCGGCAAGCACGGCGUCUUCCACCGGCGGCUCUCCGAGAACGGAAUCAACAAGGUGCAAGAUUUCUUGAGGUCCCUGGUCAUCGACCGAGACUGGCUGCGCGGGGUAAGCAGCCGACAGUGCCGCCGCCGUCUCCUCCUCCUUCUCCUUUCCUCUUCUUCUUCUUCCUCCUUCCGCUGACUGCCGGUCUAUGGGGCCUCGCCAUCCGCAGGUGCUGGGGAGCGGGAUGUCGAACAAGAUCUGGGAGGCGACCGUCGAGCACGCGCAAGAGUGCUGCCUGGACGGGAAGCUCUACUCCUACUACGUGAGCGACGGCGGCGUCAUGCUGGUCUUCGACUCCAUAUUUCGGCUCGUCGGAGCGAAAUUCAACGGCGGCGAUUACCAGGAGCUGGGAGCCGUCGACGCUCCACAGAGAGUGAGUGGCGCCGCCGCCCGCCCUCUGGAUUCUCCACCGACGGCUUCCCACCGAUUCGGAACCGGCUAACGUGUUCCUCUGGGCAGGCCCUGGUGAACCGACUGAAGCAGCUGGCGUACGAGAACAGAGAGGAGAUCAUGGAGAUCGGCCUGCUGCCAUUCGACGUCAUCUCGCGGCGCCUAGCUCUAGAGGGCGACGCUUCCAGGCCGCCGCCGGCGAUCGUCCCCCUGAACCUCCCCCCGGUCGGAGGUAGAAGACCUUGCAGACCACCCCCUCAACCAUGGAAACCCAAUUCGCAGAUGGACUGGUAGUAAUUAAGCUGGUGGAUUUUCUCCCCCGCAGGGCCGCACGGAGGGGAGGCCUCCGUGGGCAGCGGGAGCUCGGUGGACUAUGAAGCGGAGCCGUCCACGAGCGGCGAGACCUUCUUCAGCUACGACUGGGACAUGGGCACCUGCUUCUCGCAGCCCCUCGGAUGGGACACGGUGGGCCAGUCGUUCCAAUCCUCGCUGGUCGCCGCAAGCGAGCCGCCGGCGCCGGAGUCGAGCGUCCGCAUAGCCAGCAGCCGCUGGGUCAUGCUAUUGGCCGCCCUCAAAUGCUGGAUGUUCAUACGCCGGCGCGUGGCCGCUCGGCGGAUGGCGAGGCUCUACGCCCUUCGAGGCCUCUCCGGCUUACCCGGGACCUUCCCAAUGUAG